ACAAAAGCGAUUUUGAACAACAUUUGAUAAGAAUUACUAUCUUUUCUAAUUUAUGUACCAUGUUUGUAAACUACAGGUACUUUUACUCCUGCUUUGAAACUAUAUGUUAUUCAUAACAAAAAAGCUGUUUUCAAGAUGGAGGUACCAGAUCUUUUAUCUGUUUCAAGUUCAAAAGAUGGCAGUACAAUUCCUAUGAGAAAGUUUGCACCACAGAAUAUUGUGUACAGAAUAAAACAGCGGGAGAUCUCUACAUACCCGUGCGGCUCCACUUGGAGCAAAUUGCGCAAGUUCCACCAAUGCAUUAUACCAAACUUUACUGUUGUCAAUGUGGGACAGCCACCAUGUUAUUUAAGGAAGUUUUCUCCUGACGGAAAAUAUUUUAUCGUGUUUUCGGCGGACCAGACAUUUGUAGAAGUUUAUGAAUAUCAAGGUUGCCAUGCUGCGGAGAAAAUGCUGAGGUCACUAGAUGGAAAUGAGCUGCAUGAGAACUCUGGUGGCCGGAACAAUUUUCAGUUUAAAGAAUUUUAUCAGAAAAUUCGUGAAAAGUUGUUUUCCACGUUUUUUAUACGAAAACAUCAGAUAUCAGUAGCAAUGGAAGGCCAUAACUUAAACAGAGAAUGCAGUUUAUUUACAGACGAUGGCAGAUAUGUGAUUGUUGUGUCAGCUGGUGUUGUGCCCACUAACCCCCAACCCCCAUUUUACGAUAUUUAUUCAAAUAACGAGUCAAUGAGCCCCAACCCCCGCCACCCACUAGAAGACUACUCAAUCCACUGUGUGGGGUUGGUUAGUGGAGUUCUACAAUCUUCUGUGCAUUUCAAGUGUGACAAAAUUUUCCCUUCUCACAACCAAGGACUUUACCUUUAUAAGAACAUUCUAUCCGUUCUCUCUGUACAGCAUCAGACAAUUCAUAUAUUUUGUGUGGUGGACGGACAACUCGUUCAAACUCAUAAAAUUGGUCGUUUUUGUUUCGAUGAUGAUGAUAUGCAAGUGGCCAGCCAUUCACAACAAGCAAGUGAUUAUGAAUUAAGAAGGCCUUUCCAUGAUGUCAUAUUUAACUCAUUAAAACACAGGUUGCUUGCCUAUUUAUACAAGGAUGCUGCACGCCGGGGCAAUGAAAGCAUUCAAAGGUUUUAUCAACAUUUUGACUUCUUUGAAGAUCUUCGAAUAUGGAGAAUGCAGUUGCUUGAUGAAGACCACUUACUUAUUAAAUAUGCCAGUGUGGACGUCGUUGGCAUAAGAAUCCAAGAACCCAAUGCUCAACCCUCCUGCUUUGUUGUCUACAACUUCCGAACUGCACAAGUGCUUGCUGUGUAUGAAAACACCUCACAUUAUCUCCUCAAAAUAUUUGAGGACCAUCCAGGAAUAUUUAGACAAGCUGAUGCCAUCAGAGGACAACACCACACAGCUUGCCCUGACGUCUACAGUAGCCAGAUACAACAGAGGUUUAAGGACACGAUAGUAAAUGCAAAAUAUGGUGGUAACACUGAAGCAGUGAAACGACUUCUUGCACAAUUACCAAUACCUGCACAGUCACACAGCCCAAGUCCCUACCUCGAUCUUGCUUUGUUUAGUUUUGAUGACAAAUGGGUUUCUUCUAUAGAAAGGCCAAAGUCAAGCAGUGAUUACCCAAUAAGAUUUUACUCCAGAGAUUCUGGCCUGCUUAAGUUUCAGAUACGAGCAGGCAUGAUGUCAGGCACGGCAACACAGUCUUCAUCACAACGUAGGUUGGUUGCAUUUACAUUUCAUCCACAUGAACCUUUCGCUAUAUCAGUUCAGCGAAUAAACGUAGCUACUGGUGUAGCAGAGUACGUCGUCAACUUUCAUUUCCGCCAUUUUCCUUUGGGUUAAUUUCUCUUCUUGUUGAACUUUUUCCUUUUUAUAUUUUUACCAAAUGUUUUCGCGAAAUCCGCUUUACAAUCAUAUACUGAAAUUUCGUGUUA